CCGCAGGUAUGGCGGAGGGCUGGGCCGAGUGCCCGGCGCUGGGCCCGGGCUGGCAGCGCCGCGAAGCUUUUCGGAAAUCCGGAGCCACCAGCGGCCGCAGCGACACCUACUACAGGAGCCCCACAGGGCAGAAGUUCCGCAGUAAGAUCGAGCUGCGACGGUUCCUGGGCCCUGGGCAUGACCUGAGCAACUUCGACUUCAAAUCGGGGCAGCAGCGACCUGGCCCCACCCGGACCAAGAAGAGCCCCAAAUGGCACCUGCCCGCCGGGCCCCUCCCAGAGCCCCCCAAAAUCUUCACAAAGGAGGAAGAGGAGGUGGAGGUGGAGGUGGAGGUGGGCGGGGCUGAGACCGAGAAGGCCCCACCCUCACCAGGUCAGGCCUUGCCCAUCCCCAACCAGGCCACGCCCUCUUCAUCUGUGGCCACGCCCCUGAGGGAGCCCCCCCAUCGCCGGACCCGGAAGCGGCCGCCCCUGGAGCCCCCCCCGGAUGGGGUUAUGGCGCUGUGUGCUGGCUGCCAGACCCUCUUCCCAGGGGUGUCCCUGCCCCCCCAGCGCCGCUGCCGCUGGCUGUGCCCUGACUGCCGUGCCCAGAGACGAGACUUCAACCGGGAGCAGCGAUUCUACAAGCGGGUGGGCUGUGGCACGUGCCAGGCCUGUCGCAUCCCCGAGGAUUGCGGCAUCUGCAGCGCCUGCGCCCGCAGCCCCCCCGGGGGCCCCUCCGGGCCCGGCCGGACCCCCAAGUGCCUCCUGCGCCGCUGCCUGCGCAUCGUCAAGAAGGGCCUGGGCUGCGGCUCCUGCGCCGGCUGCCUGAGCACCGAGGACUGCGGCAGCUGCUGCAUCUGCCUGCGGCGCCUGCAGCCCGGCCUCAAGCGCCAGUGGCGCUGCCUGCGGCGCCGCUGCCUGCGCCCCAAGAAAGCCAAGGUGGCCAAGAAGCCGCAGAGCCCUCGGGCCCUGACAGAGAAAUGGAAGCCUGUCGUGGAGCGGGAGCCCAGUGAUGCCUCCAGCACCAGGCACAGAAAGCUGCUGAACAAGGGCAAGGAGAAGAAGAAGCCGGGGCGACCCCUCAAGGCCCCUGGGCCCCGCGGGGAGAAGGAGGAGCUGCUGGGGGGGGCUGAGAACGGCCCCAGGCCCCUCCCGGGUCCCCCCCUGCGCCUCUGCCCCAUCAAGGAGGAAACAGGACCCCUCCCCCGCCUCGAGGUGAGACCCCCCAGCUGCCUGGAACCCCCCCUGCACACCUGGGACCCCCCCGUGACCCCCCCUGCCCCCCAGGACCCUCGCCUGGGGCUCCUCAUCGCCUCGGCCCCGCGCCUCAAAGGGGCCCCCCCGGAGCCCAGCGUCGCCCCCCAAAGGCCCCCCCCGGGGGAUCUGGGGGUCCUGAUCGCCGCCACCCCCCGCGUGAAGCAGGAGCAGCCGCAGCCCAGCGCGUCCCUGGUGCCGGUGCCCCCCCAGCCUCCCCCUCCCCAGCUGGUGGUGCUGGAUGAGAGUGAGGAGGAGGAGGAAGAGGAAGAGGAGGGCGGCAGCCAAGUGCCCUUCCCGCUGCCCCCCGCUCCCCAGCUCUGGCCCGGCUCCUUCCUGGAGGAACUGGCCGAGAUUCCCCUCCCGGCCCACUGGGGGGUCGUGGGGGCUGACGGUGGUCCCGGGCCGUGCCCGGCGCGGGGGCUGAAGCUGGUGCAGCGCUGCCCCCGCUCCUCCAUGGCCGCGGCCGCCGUGCUGCUCAACCCGGGCUUGGCAUUCCGGGUCCUGGUGGCCCGCGGCCGCCCAGUGCCCCCCGGGCACGAGGUGCUGGCCCGGCGCCCCCCCCUGCGCUCCGUGCUGGACCUGGUGGAGCUGCUCUGCGAUCUCGAGGCCUACGGGCCCUGCCCGGGACCCCCGGCCCGGCCCCCCGCCCCCCGCUGCCAUGUCCUGGUGAGGGGGGGGCGCUGCUGCCGGCCCUGCCAAAUGCUGGCGGGGGAGGGGCAUUGAGGGAAAGGGGGA